GUGCCGAUCCCCACUCAUGGUCGUGGAUUACCCAGCAUGCUAGAGCCGUUGGAACAAUUAGAGACAGGCCACCGUAUCGUCCCCGGUCAGUGGGUCGCAGACCGGGCAUCCAAAGAUCCAUAUGCGGCACGGGAGGGGGAAAAAAUCAUUUAUUUUACGCAUGGAGGUGGAUAUUUCAUCUGCAGCUCCGACACGCAUCGUGAGAUGCUCUGGAGGAUAUCUAGAGCCACUGGAAGGCGUAUCUUUGCUGUGGAUUAUAGACUUGCUCCAGAGCAUCCAUACCCGGCAGCGGUACAGGAUGCUUUGCAUGCUUUUCUCCAUUUGACCGAUCCAAACGGGCUAGGGUUUAGUCCUGAGAACGUUACAGUUUCAGGCGAUUCAGCAGGCGGGGGACUUGCCAUUGCAAUGAUGAUGUACCAACGCGACCAUGGUUUGCCAAUGCCUUCUAAAGCCAUCUUACUCUCUCCAUGGCUUGAUCUUACCAUGACCUGCGAGUCGUGGGCCAGUGAUUCAUUAGACUACUUGCCCGCGCGAUUUAAUAUGGACCAUAGCUUCAAUCCAAUUUUAUUUUAUUGUUCAGGACGUGACAAGAUCAAGACACUUGCCAAACACCCAUACCUUUCCCCACUUUGGGGCAAUCUUGAGGGCCUCCCGCCACUUUUAAUUCAAUGUGGUGAGGCGGAGCGGCUCCUAGAUGAAUGCAUCCUAUUCACUUUCAAAGCUGGUGGA